AAAUCAUACAAUCGGAAAUCGCAAUUUUCCUCGGCGACUUCCAUACAUUUUCCUCUCCCUACAACUUUCGUACUGUUCGCAGCGAAAAUGGUCUCAUUCGGAGAGCCAUGGCCGGAGCUCAACGACGGCAUACAUUACCGUGAUCUUAUUCGACCCUCCGAUGCCGGUGCGACGCUGAUUGAGUUCUACUCUAGGAAGUACAAAAGCUCAGCUCCUUUGCACGGCUGGUUGCAGAGAAUUCACAAUGAGCAGAUAACGAUCGAUGGCUGUGUUGUGACCGAUCCUGAUACGAUUCUCAGGGGAGGUGAAGCACUGGUUUAUCAUCGCCUUCCUUGGAAAGAGCCCGAUGCACCAUACUUGCUGGAAAUUCUGUACGAGGAUGGUGAUGUGAUUGCUUUGAAUAAACCCUCGGGAUUACAAGUUCUACCCGGAGGACUAUUUCAGCAGCGAACUGUCUUGACGCAACUCCAAAGGCAUGCAGGUACCUCGACUACAAAAAAGCAUCAAGAGUGUCAUCCUGUUCCUGUUCACCGUCUCGGGAGGGGCACGUCAGGAAUAUUACUUUGUGCAAAAACAAAGAUCACAAAAUCUCGUCUGGCAGCUUUUUUGGCUGAUGGGACAUCUCUUGUUGCGGUAUGUCGGAAAAAUGAUACAGACCAAAAGUUAACAAGGAAUAUAACAAAAGUAUAUCGAGCCCUAGCAAGUGGGAUCAUAGUGGAAAAUGAGGUUGUCAUUGAUCAACCAAUUGGGCCCGUUAAAUAUCCUGGUGUUGCCAAGGGGUUGUAUGUUGCCUCUCCUACAGGGAAACCAGCCUUGAGCAAAGUUGUUGUUCUGGAGAGAAACUUGCUGAGCAAUUCCACCUUAGUCAAGGUCGAAAUCCAAUCGGGCAGGCCACACCAAAUUCGCAUUCAUCUUGCUUUCAUUGGGCACCCACUUGUAGGUGAUCCUCUUUACGAUAUCGGUGGGCAACCAAAGUGUUCCGAUCAUAAGUCUGAUGAUGGAAGUUUUGCUCAAGAUGGAGGAUAUGAAAGGCCUGAAAAACCUGUUCCUGGUGACUGUGGCUACCAUUUGCAUGCACACCAUGUAACUUUUGCCCAUCCUCUGACAGAUGAGGUAAUUGCAAUCACUGCCCCUUUGCCACCUGUCCUACAAACAGUAGAAGAAGAAUCCACAGAGAAGAUGGCGUACGUCUGAAUAUAAACCGGUAUUCCUUUCGAAAGUCUAGACUUAGUGAUACAAAUUUUCCAACAUUUAUGUGUUUUCAUGGAAGAUAACUUUGAAAAUCUGGACUUUUUAUUGAUCCAUAUUUUUAAAGCAUGAAUGUAUUUUUUUAUGUUCCAUGUUUGCAUCCCUAUAUAUAUGAGGAUAUAAAAAAAUCAAUAGGUAGAAUGUUCGGGAUAAAGCUUGUGCAGAUGGCCUGUUCAAGUGUGGAUGAUACGCAACUUUUGCUGCUUAUUUUUCUACACUGCUUUUAAUUCUUGAAAAAUUCAAGUACAAUAUAAUAAUUUAUAACUUAAUGUCGAAAAAGAUAUG